GAUUUCUGCUGGUGUUGCUGCUGAGAAGACGGCGGGCGGCAGCGGCUAAGAAAGAAGAAAGACGUGGCAGCAAGCGGGAGUCGGGGAUAGUGUCGACGGUUCGGUAAAGUUUCUGUUCUCUGGAUUAACAUUUAAAAGACGAUUUCUGUGAUUGACUUGUCUUUUGGAAGAUUAAACCCAUAUCAAGAGGACUUGGAGCUGGUCCUCGCCUAGAGGAAGCAGUGGCUUAUUUUCAAAAAGCCACUUCUCAUCUAAGGAUCUACUCAGCAUGCCUAAUCAAGGAGAAGACUGCUAUUUUUUUUUCUAUUCUACUUGUACUAAAGGUGACAGCUGCCCGUUCCGCCACUGUGAGGCUGCCCUGGGAAAUGAGACUGUUUGCACACUAUGGCAAGAAGGGCGCUGUUUCCGACAAGUGUGCAGGUUUCGGCACAUGGAGAUCGACAAAAAACGCAGUGAGAUUCCUUGUUAUUGGGAAAAUCAGCCAAUGGGAUGUCAGAAACUAAACUGUGCUUUCCAUCACAACAGAGGACGUUAUGUUGAUGGCCUUUUCCUACCUCCAAGCAAAACUGUGUUGCCCACUGUGCCUGAGUCACCAGAAGAGGAAGUGAAAGCUAGCCAGCUCACAGUUCAGCAGAGCAAAUUAUCUGUUCAGUCUAAUCCCUCUCCUCAGCUGCGAAGUGUUAUGAAAGUAGAAAGUUCAGAAAACGUCCCCAGCCCUACACACCCACCAGUGGUGAUCAAUGCUGCAGACGAUGACGAAGACGAUGACGAUCAGUUUUCUGAGGAAGGUGAUGAAACCAAAACACCUACCCUGCAACCAACUCUCGAAGUUCAUAAUGGAUUACGAAUGACUUCUACCCGGAAACCUGGGGUCAAUUUAAAACAAGGUGAAAGUUUGAAUUUUGGAAUAAAAACUCUUGAAGAAAUUAAAUCAAAGAAAAUGAAGGAAAAAUCAAAGAAGCAAGGUGAAGGUUCUUCCGGAGUUUCUAGUCUUUUACUCCAGUCACAGCCCAUGCCAGGUCCUGAAAAAGAGAAUGUCCGGACUGUGGUGAGGACAGUAACUCUGUCCAACAAGCAAGGGGAUGAACCUCUGGUAAGAUUGAGUCUAACCGAGAGACUGGGGAAACGAAAAUUUUCAGUCGGUGGUGACAAUGAUCCCCCAUUAAAGCGUAGCCUUGCACAAAGGCUGGGGAGGAAAAUCGAAGCUCCAGAGACGAACACUGAUAAAGCACCAAAGAAAGUCCAAGUUUCCAAGUCUCUGAAGGAGCGAUUAGGCAUGUCGACUGGUCCAAACAGUGAGGAAGCAGCAGAGAAAGUUACUAAAGUUGGUGAGAUCCAUGUGAAGACAUUAGAAGAAAUUCUUCUUGAAAGAGCCAAUCAGAAACGUGGAGAAUUGCAAACUAAACUCAAGACAGAAGGACCUUCAAAAGUUGAUGAUUCUACAUCAGGAGCAAGAACCUCCUCCACCAUCCGAAUCAAAACGUUCUCCGAGGUCUUGGCUGAAAAGAAGCACCGGCAGCAGGAAGCAGAGAGACAAAAGGGCAAAAAGGACAUGAGCUGUGUCAAGCUAAAGACUGACAAUGAAAUUAAAAAAACAGUGAUUUUGCCACCCACUGUAGCCAGCAGAGGACAGUCAGAGGAACCUGCAGGUAGAGCAAAGUCUAUGCAGGAAGUGCAUAUCAAGACGCUGGAAGAAAUUAAACUGGAGAAGGCUCUCCGGGUGCAGCAGAGCUCUGAGAGCAGCACCAGCUCCCAGCCUCAGCCUGAGACCACGCCAGCGGCAAAACGGCUUCUCCGGAUCACUAAGAAAACAGGUAUAAAAGAAGAGAAGAAACUUCAAGAAGAAAGUGAUGUUGCUUCUCAGAGCAGUGUUUCUAGAGCAGAAGCUAAAAAGGCUUCAGAUGAGACCACAACAGUUGGCAUGACUAAAAUUCAAGUCAAGAGAUGUAAGACAAUGAGAGAAAAGUAUGUGCCGAAACUGCCAGAGAAGGGAGCCUCACAGAAGGAAAAAUCAAUUUUGACACCCCUUCGGGGAGAUUUACUCUCUUACAGUACCGAGUUAGCAGAGAAACCCGUGCUCACCACCGUGCUAGGCAUCACACGGCACCUGACUAAACGGCUUCCUUCAAAGUCAUCCCAGAAGGCAAAGGUGGAAACCUCAGGGAUUGGGGACUCGGUAUUGAAUGUGAAGUGUGCAACACAGCCCUUGGAAAAGCGAAGUAAAGCUAAACCUAAAGUGAAUGUGAAGCCAUCUGUGGUUAAAGUUGUCUCAUCACCCAAAUUGGCCCCAAAACGUAAGGCGAUGGAGGCCCACCCUGCUGUCAUCGCAGCUGUGAAGCCACUCAAUUCCAGCAGUGUCCUGCAGGAAAGCCCAGCCAAAAAAGCAGCUGUGGCUAUUGUCCCACUUCUCUCUGAGGACAAAUCAGUCAUUGUGCCUGAGACAGAAAAACCUAGAGACAGUUUUCUACUGCCUCCAGCCCAGUCCUCUUCAGAGCCUCCCACCCCGGAAGUAUCUGGCCCUUCCUCGUCCCAAAUGGCCACAAAAACGCGCCGACUCAGCUCUGCCUCAACAGGAAAGCCCCCACUUUCUAUGGAGGAUGAUUUUGAGAAACUAAUAUGGGAGAUUUCAGGAGGCAAAUUAGAAGCUGAGAUUGACCUGGAUCCUGGGAAGGAUGAAGAUGACCUUCUGCUUGAGCUAUCAGAAAUGAUUGAUAGCUGAAGGUGGUAGUAGAACAUUUAAAGCAAAACAGACAAACAAAAAAACUCACCAAAAAACUGGACUUAGUUUCAUCUAUUAUAACAUUUAUCCAAAAUGAUGAUUUCUUUAGUCUAGAAUUUGCCCCAAAUCAGAAGUGUACCUCUGAAUUAUCCACGUGUGUCCUGGAUUCCUUGGGGUCAGAUUUUUAAAUCCCUUGGUAAUCAUUUUGUCCAUUUGAUGCCAUUGUUUAGCAUCUUCGAGAAAAAAGUUCUGUCUUACCCCUCUCCACAAAAAGGCUGAGCGGGAGACCUAAGUGAAAGGGUGCAAGAAAACUUAGUGACUCCUUGAGGUAUUUGUCAGUUUUUACCUUUUUUCCCUUUAUUGUAUAAUUUCUUUUAUCUAUUGUCUUAAUGUACCUAUUGUUAACCUGAGUUCGAAAAGGGUGAAGACAGCUGCUACCAUUAAGGACCAAAUUUCAUGCCACCACUAAAAAAAAUCCACUCAGUCUGUGUUAAAUUGUAUGUCUUUUUAAAGCUAUUUGGAGAAUUCAACUAAGCUUUUAGAAACAGCUGAGCAGCUCAGGAAACCUGUAAUCUGGACAUAACUUUUUGGACCUGAUUUUCAUGCUUCUGCUCUGUAAGCCUCUGAAGGGCAAUAGCUAAUUUAUUAUUACUGUAAUUUUUCAAGGCUUUAAAGUGCCUCAGGGGUCCGCUGAAACUAAUUUUCUAUUUCUGGGAUUCCCUGGAUUCUUAAAAA